CGCAUAUUGGGUUUCAAACGUGUGUGAGAGGUAUAUGUUCGUCGGGAGAAAUGUACAUUUCCCGAUAAAUAUAAAGUGCGGUAGAAUAUAUUGCGAUUAAUGGUGUCAGAGUGUUAAAUGUUGUUUUUACACUCUUCCAUUUCUUUUCAACAUAUCCCGAAUAUAAUCGUUUAUUGCAUUUUAAGAUUAUGAGCUACGAUUUUAACCUUUAAUGACGGACGUACAAUUGUAGCUGUUUUAGAUAAUACAAGAAAUAUCAGUAUGCAGACAAUAAAAUGUGUCGUAGUAGGAGACGGAGCUGUGGGUAAAACAUGUCUCUUAAUUUCGUAUACAACCAACAAAUUUCCAUCUGAAUACGUGCCUACAGUAUUUGACAACUAUGCGGUCACUGUAAUGAUCGGUGGUGAUCCGUAUACAUUGGGAUUAUUCGACACUGCUGGUCAGGAGGAUUACGAUAGACUGAGACCUCUAAGUUAUCCACAAACAGAUGUAUUUCUCGUUUGCUUUUCUGUAGUAUCGCCAUCAUCUUUUGAAAAUGUUAAAGAGAAGUGGGUACCUGAAAUAACGCAUCACUGUCCAAGAACUCCGUUUUUGUUGGUCGGUACACAGAUUGAUUUGAGAGAUGAUGUUGCCACUAUUGAAAAAUUGGCAAAAAAUAAGCAAAAACCGAUAUCAGCGGAGCAAGGAGAAAAGCUUGCCAAAGAAUUAAAAGCGGUAAAAUAUGUAGAAUGUAGUGCACUCACGCAGAAAGGUUUGAAAAAUGUAUUCGACGAAGCCAUUUUAGCUGCGUUAGAACCACCAGAACCAGUAAAGAAGAGAAAGUGUACGCUCUUGUAAAGGAAAUGUCAGUUUUGAAAAAGAUACGUAUAAAGAAGGGAAACGAAGAUAUACGUAACAAUAACGAGCGGCAAAUUUCAUGCGUAGUAUAAAGCACCGUUAGAAGAUUCGAAACUGUGCGUAUACGGUUCCUUUUCGAAAAAGAAAUAUUAAUCUUUUAAAAUAAAUUAACAGCCGCUAAUAUCACAGCGCGACAAUUUCACUCGAAUUUUUUUGUAAUUAUCGUAUUAUAACGUCGACCACAUUCCACGCAACGUGAGAUUUUGAUCAAAAAUUUUGAU